GAGAGUUGAUGGAGAUCCAUAGAAGUAACGAAGACUUUGAACGGGAAGCCAUCAGUACUGAUUCGGAGAAUUUACUCAAAGAUUGUGCUCUUCACCUCGAGAGCAAAGUGAAGGAAAUUAUAUCGGAGUGCUCCGAUGUCAGUUUUUUGGGAAUUAAAGAUAUAGAUGCAUACUUAGAGCAUUUGAAAGAGGAGCUGAAGACUGUAGAGGCUGUAGGCAGUAAAAUCUCUAAUGAAAUCGAGUCUCUUACAAGAUCCCGUGUAGAAGAUUCCAAUAGACUGGAGAGUGAUCUUGAAGAGUUGAAUUGCUCUUUGGAUUUAGUUGCAUCCCAGUUGGGUCAGGGGAAGGCUAUAGAGAAUCCACAUGCCGAUUGCUCUAAAGAUGAAGAAGAUCAAUCAGAUAUAAUGAAAAUUCAUGAAGACCAGAAAUUUGAGGUGUUAAUCCUGAACAUUUUUGUUUGGUACUUCCAUGAUUGCAUGAGCACACAGGAAUUAGGGAAAUUUCCAGAAAGGGAUGUCAAAAAUGCUCAGAGGAGGAGAAUUCUACCAGACCUGGACCUCAACAAUCCACCGCCUGAUGAGAGCACGACCCCGGCUGACAUAUCCUUCAAUUUCAAUUCUCAACAGUGUCCACCUGAAGCGUGCCAAGGUUAUCAAGAGGAAAGCAGAAGUAUUGAGAUCAUUGAUGAUGAUGUUGCUAUAAUUGACCAAAGUAUGUUUGAUGAGGCCAAGAACAAUUAUCGGAGAAACCAGUCUCAGGUUAUCGAUGGGCUAAAAGAUGUGCCUAAUGAGGCUGGCGGAUUGUUAAAUAGUCUUUCAGGUAGCAAAACGGCGAACUGGUACUGCAAGCAAAGAAGAGAUCCGAUGGAUGAAGUAAUUACUAGUAGAUAUCUUAGCAUGAUGGAAGAAGCUAGUAACAGAGACAAGGAGAAGAAUGUUGUGAAACCAGUAGAGUUUUCGAAGAAUCCUGAGCCCGAGGCGCCCAGUUUCAUUUGUCCGAUCUGCAUCGGUCCAAUGAGUAUGGCAACAACAACAAAGUGUGGCCAUGUGUUCUGCCAGGAAUGCAUAAAGAAAGCCAUUGCAGCUCAAGGGAAAUGUCCUACUUGCAGGAAGAAACUUGGAAAGAGAGGCAUCAUCAGGAGAGAGAGAGAGAGAGUAAUUGAGACAAAAAUGGCGGACGCAAUGGAAGUCUCUACUUCUUCUGCUCCUCUCGAUCUCCACUCCAUUCGCAGUGAAGUGAGAGAGUUGAUGGAGAUCCAUAGAAGUAACGAAGACUUUGAACGGGAAGCCAUCAGUACUGAUUCGGAGAAUUUACUCAAAGAUUGUGCUCUUCACCUCGAGAGCAAAGUGAAGGAAAUUAUAUCGGAGUGCUCCGAUGUCAGUUUUUUGGGAAUUAAAGAUAUAGAUGCAUACUUAGAGCAUUUGAAAGAGGAGCUGAAGACUGUAGAGGCUGUAGGCAGUAAAAUCUCUAAUGAAAUCGAGUCUCUUACAAGAUCCCGUGUAGAAGAUUCCAAUAGACUGGAGAGUGAUCUUGAAGAGUUGAAUUGCUCUUUGGAUUUAGUUGCAUCCCAGUUGGGUCAGGGGAAGGCUAUAGAGAAUCCACAUGCCGAUUGCUCUAAAGAUGAAGAAGAUCAAUCAGAUAUAAUGAAAAUUCAUGAAGACCAGAAAUUUGAGCUUUUAGAACUUGAAAGUGAGAUUGAAAAGAAUAAUAUAAUUCUGAACUCCUUGCAAGAUCUCGAUUCUAUGUACAAAAGGUUUGAUGUUGUAGAACAGAUUGAGGAUUCAUUGACCGGUCUAAAGGUUAUUGAAUGUGAUGGAAACUGUUUUAGGUUGUCAAUGCAAACAUAUAUCCCAAAAUUAGAGGGAUUGUCGUUCCAGCAAACAAUUGAAGAUGUCAGUGAGCCAUCUGAAGUGAACCAUGAGUUGCUUAUAGAACUUGUAGAUGGGACUAUGGAAUUGAAGAAUGUUGAGAUAUUUCCAAACGACGUAUACAUUGGUGAUAUUGUUGAUGUUGCAAAGUCGUUCAGGCAGUUCCAUUCACAGUUUGCAGUGCUCGAGACAGAGUCUUCAUUGCAGUGGUUUGUAGGAAAAGUACAAGAUAGAAUCAUUCUAAGUACUCUGAGACGAUUUGUAGUGAAAAAUGCCCAUAAAUCAAGGCAUUUCUUUGAGUACUUGGACAGAGAUGAGAUGGUUGUGGCUCAUUUGCUUGGAGGAGUUGAUGCAUUCAUAAAGUUAUCUCAGGGUUGGCCACUGUCAAAUUCUCCAUUGAAAUUGAUCUCUCUCAAGAGCUCAAAUCAUCAGUCAAAGCGAAUUUCUCUUAGCUUUCUUUGCAAGGUUGAGGAAGCGGCAAAUUCCUUGGACUUACCAGUUCGACAAAAUUUAUCAAGCUUUGUUGAUGCUGUCGAAAAGAUACUUAUAGAGCAAAUGCGCACAGAACUCCAUUCUGAUGUUGCCCCUGGCAAAUGAGUGCAUUGUUUAUCCUAUUCACCACUUGGUAAUUUCGAAUAUCACUUCAUCUAUAAUUUGAAAUAUGUUGCAUAAUUGGCUCAAAUUCUGUAAAAAAUAUCACCAGUAUUAGACAAGUCAAUGCAAUUUGGCUUCAUGUCUGCAUAUAAAUGUUUGUCAAAUUUCGUUCGAGCGGUCUUCGUAAUAAUUUAUAAUUUUUCAUGUAAAAUCCUUCUACGGAACGCUUUUAUAAACAUGUAAAUCUCUUGUUCAGGAAACUAUUGAAAUUUGUUCCGAACAAAUUACUCAUAUCUAAGUUUUAGUUAUUUUA